AUGCCACUAUAUCAUCUACCAAACAAACUGAUACUGCUGAUCGCCGAGAACUUGGAGUCAAAUGGGGAUCUCAAUAGUUUGAUUCAGACCAACAUCCACCUUUGCAAAUUGCUUGACCCCCUCCUCUACCUUCGGGAUGCAGCAUCUUAUGCCACUUAUGGUCCACUGGCUAUGUUGCAUGCGGCUAGAGGGGGAAUGAGAAUACAGCUCGAAAAUCACUACAAGCAGGAUGCAAGCUUGACUGCGGCGGAGAACGGCCACGACGGGGUCAUCAAGCUGUUUCUCGAUUCUGAUGAGAGUCUUGACCUGGACGAGGAGAACAUAUUCGGAGAAACGCCACUGGUUUGCGCGGCAAAAUGGGGACACGAAGUAGUGGUCAAGCAACUACUUUCAACCGGUAGAGUCAACGUCAACUUUGUUUGCUGCGGAUUCACACCGCUUUGCUAUGCAGCAUGGAACGGUCACGAAGCAGUUGUAAAUCUGCUUCUCGAUGCCGAUGGUAUCAAUUUGGAUUUCGCUCAUUCCGAUGGGCGAACAGCUAUAGACUUAGCAGCAGAGACAGGCUAUGAGUCGACUGUCAAACUUCUGAUCGCAGCAGGUGCUGAACUAGGCGAUAAAGGGCAUACUGUUACCUACGGUAUGGACAUGCCAGGCACCGCCUUGGUAGGUGGUCAUGCCCUGUGA